AAAAUCAACCGCAGUGACGCCCACGCUCAAUGCGCUUGAAGGCGCGCGCUUAAAUAGCCGGACUCGUUUCUGGACCAAAGAAAGAAAGCAUCCUUUUGAAUCCAAGGAGAACUGCAUUAGCCUACACAAUGAUGCUCCUUUUUACGGUAAUUCUAGUCAGUGUUGAUGCCAGUAUGGCACUUCACGCUCAAACUUUCAAAAAAGAUGAUCCGUACUCCGGUCGUUCGUUAGUGUGUGAUCGCUGUCCACCUGGAACGUACCUCCGUGCGCCCUGCAGUGCCACCCGAAAGAGCGACUGUGCGAAAUGUCCCAAAGGGGCAUACACCGAAUUCUGGAACCACAUCUCCAUGUGCCUGCGCUGCAGCAUGUGCGCUGAGAACCAAGUCGUCAAGCAGGAGUGUUCUCCAUCCAACAACUGCAAGUGCGAGUGCAAGGAGGGUUACUACUUCAACAAGAGAUACGAAGCAUGCAUCAAACAUAAAGAAUGCCCCCCUGGGUAUGGAGUGAAUGCUACAGGUACACCCCAACAAGAUACAGAAUGUGUGCAGUGUCAACCCAGAUUCUACUCUAACGUUUCCUCGGCAAAAGCAAUCUGUGUUGCCCACUCAAACUGCGAAGCUGGUGGACUGCGCGUGGUGCUGAAGGGCAGGGGCUGGCACGAUACACUGUGUGCAUCAUGUGAGGACCUCAAAACUCGUGAUGGAGCUGAAUAUCUACAGGAAAUCCUUCCUGCGUUCUUCAUUCAACUUCACCAGAAGAUGGGCAUUCAGAGAAUACGUCGGUUAGCGAUGAGGCUGCCGCAAGAGGGAGGCAAGAAACCGCUCCGAGGAACAGUCAUGAAACUUUCUAGGAGGGGUCUUAACGACUUUAUGAAAAGUUGGGACCAAGGUGCAGGGAAAGACCAAGUUAGGAAACUUCCGGAGAUGUUGAGGAAGACAGGGGCCCGCAAUGCAGCAGACAAACUAGAGCUUAAACUGAAAUAUAUAGACCAACAAUUCAAACUCUGUGAAGGGUUAGUUGAAGUAGCCUAAAAUGGGUUAAAGUAGCCUCUCAUCCCCAUCUUCUUAAUAACAUAUCUUGACAGCAAAAAGUAAUUCAGUUCAACAGUUGUCCAUUUUAGGUUCAUAUAGGGUACGUGGGCUAUGCAGUCUAGCCCAGGGUUCCCCAAUAUGUGGCCGUGAUUUUAUUUGGCCUCCCAAGUCUUCUGAGCAAAAAAAGUAAUAAAUAAAAGUAAAAAUAUUUGAAAAAUUAUGAUAAUUAUCAUAAAUCUAUAUAUGUACACUACCGUUCAAAAAAGUUUGGGUUCACUUAGAAAUGUCCUUGUUUUGGAAAGAAAAGCACAUUUUUCGUCCAUUAAAAUAACAUAAAAUUGAUCAGAAAUACAGUGUAGACAUUAUUAAUGACUAUUGUAACUGGAAACGGCAGAUUUUUUUAUUGAAUAUAUACAUAGGCGUACAGAGGCCCAUUAUCAGCAACCAUCACUGCUGUGUUCCAAUGGCAUGUUGUGUUAGUUAAUCCAAGUUUAAUUUUAAAAGGCUAAUUGAGCAUUAGAAAAUUUCAAAAGGGUUAUGUUAGCACAACUGAAAACGGUUGUUCUGAUUAAAUAAGUAAUAAAACUGGCCUUCUUUAGAGUAGUUGAGUUUCUGGAGCAUCAACAUUUGUGAGUUUGAUUACAGGCUCAAAAUGGCCAGAAACAAAUAACUUUCUUCAGAAACUCAUCAGUCUAUUCUUGUUCUGAGAAAUUAAGGCUAUUCCAUGUGAGAAAUUGCCAUGAAACCUAAGAUCUUGUGCAAUGCUGUGUACUACUCCCUUCACAGAACAGCGCAAACUGGCCCUAACCAGAAUAGAAAGAGGAGUGGGAGGCCCCGGUCUGAGCAAGAGGACAAGUACAUUAGCGUGUCUAGUUUGAGAAACAGACGCCUCACAGAUCCUCAACUGGCAGCUUCAUAAAAUAGUACCCGCAAAACACCAGUCUCAACGUCAACAGUGAAGAGAAGACUCUGGGAUGCUGGCCUUCUAGGCAGAGUUGCAAAGAAAAAGCCAUAUCUCAGACUGGCCAAUAAAAAGAAAAUAUUAAGUUGGGCAAAAGAACAUAGACACUGGACAGAGGAAUUCUGCCUAGAAGGCCAGCAUCCCAGAGUCGCCUCUUCACUCUUCCCAGAAGAGUGGAGACUGUCAUAGCAGCAAAAGGGGGACCAACUCCAUAUUAAUGCCCAUGAUUUUGGAAUUAGAUGUUCAACAAGCAGGUGUCGACAUACACUACAUGACCAAAAGUAUGUUCCCAAGUAUUCAUAUGCAUAAAUAGAGGCCUGUGAGAUCAUAUCCCAAUGUAAUCAAGGUUUGAAAGUAUUCUGUUUUUGUCAAAUACUAUAUCUGUUUGGGAUUCUUGUGGUCAAUUUGCAGUUUACAAAUGAUUUCUAACAUUCCUUACCCCAGCAUACUGGGGACUAUCCGGCAGAUUAACAAACAAAAAAAGGAGCACUCUGUUUCUGCGUAAAUCUGAUAGAUUUAUUGAUGGAAAAAAACAGCCAUUUCGUUUAAACUGGGCUGAAGCGCAUUUGGGUAUACCUUUAUUUCAUUAUUUAUAUCUAACUGGGGACUCCUGAUCUAGACCUAUUGUUCAUUGAUUGUUUUACUUAAAAGUAGAAUGUUUCUACUGACCUCUGUGGCAGCCAAUGGUUAGACAUUCAAACACACACAUGGCGUUAUGCACACGUUUGGUGCAUGUUUUGUGAUUUUGUGGCAUUUUCAGAAAGAUUUAAAAAAGGCACACUUUAUAGAUAUAGAAAUUCAAUUGUUCCAGAAUAAAAAUGUGUAUUUAACUUCUAAUAUAUGGAUUGUUACAUAAUAUUUAAAUGAAAUAUACUACAUUCUAAUAGUAUAGCAUGAAGUCCUGAAAUGCUUUUUGCAAUAAAGGUUAUUCUUGCUUAAACGUC